UCAGCCAAUCAGGUGCGACUUUGUGAAAGCUACCUGUCAGGACAGAUAAAUACGCCAGCAGCGGCAGGCCCAAAUCAGAACCGCUUCACUCAAGGAGGUGCACAGAUUGAACCACUUUCUCUCUCUCUCUCUCUCUCUCUCUCUCUCUCUCUCUCCGUUAUAUAUCAAAACGGAACCACAGAACGUACCAGAGAGGAGAGCUUAGACUGAGGAUUUUAUUUUUGCAGCGUCUCAGGAACGACAUGACCAAGGAGAUUGAGGCUCUGAUGAUUUUGCCAAACGAGAACUUUAAUUACCCAUGCUACACUGACAGUUACCUAAUGGACUCCUGGAAUUACAUGGACAUCGAUACCAGCAAAGCUAAAUCCAGGCUUGCUGACGACGAUCUGAACAAUAUCUCCAUCUUCAACGGAAACUGCAAGACCCCCAAAGAGCAGAAGAUGACUUCUUGCUCACACGGUGACAGUGCAUUUAAACCAAUGGACAGAACACCCAACGGUUCGUCCCCUGAGUUGACAACUCUGCAAAACUCACAGCUCAUGAAGCUGGCAUCCCAGCAAAUUCCUCCAAACAACAACUACAUCCAGGCCGUCGCAGGCGACAGCUACGACAAACAAGCCAUCAACAGCAUAUUCGAUUCGCUAAUGCUCAACGUGUCUCAGAAAAUAUGGUCUUCGGAUACCCCGUACCCAGACCCCAGCGCUGAACCGCUACCGUACAACACCGAUUUUGUGGACCACCCGAGUCCAGAUUACUCGGAUUACUCCAACUCUUCUCCCGAGAAGUUCAGGAACAAUUUCCAGUUUUUCCUCGGAGCACCGCAAGCCUCCCAAAACAAGACCACUGAGGUUCCUAUGGUGUACCUGAACAAGGGCCAGUUCUACCCCAUCACUCUGCAGGCAGUGGACAGGAAUGCUGGGAUCCCAUGCAAAGUGAAGGUUAUGGUCAUGGCAGUGUUUGAAAAUGAAAAGAGUCCUGAGAUGCAGCUGAAGUGCUGGAAUCACUGGCACGCACGGCAGCCAACCGCUAAGCAGAGGGUCAUUGAUAUCGCCGACUAUAAGGAAGUCUUCAGCGGAGUCAGCAACGUAGACGAGGUCGCUUUUAACGCCUUAUCGUUCAUCUGGAACACCAACGAGGAGGCGAAGGUGUACGUGGGUAUCAAUUCCCUCAGCACAGACUUCUCGUCUCAGAAAGGGGUGAAAGGCGUCCCUCUAAACCUGCAGAUUGACACGUUCGACUUCAGCUCUGGCACUAACCAUCUCCUCCACCGAGCCGCCUGCCAGGUCAAGAUCUUCUGUGAUAAGGGCGCAGAGAGGAAGAUGCGAGAUGAAGAACGCAAAAGGGUCAAGAGGCGAACCAAGAAUGUUGCUGACUCCACUAAUGGGGGAAAACAGACUUUGGUGUCCAGCUCUAUUGGGAAGGACUGCACUUUCUUCAAGCCCCUGGAAGACCACGUCACACAGCCUGUGCUGUUCAUCCCAGAGACUCACUACAGCAACCUGCAGCGCUUGGCAGUGACAACCAGCACAGAUGAAGGUGAGAGGAACUCGCUGAAACGCGUCGCCUGUUUCUCUGAUUCGGGAGAUAGAUCUGGCUCACCACCGAGCAAACAACCACGCAGGGAAGAACAGCAAAGAGUCCUCCUGUAUGUACGGCAAGAUACAGAGGAAGUCUUCGACGCCCUCAUGCUGAACUCGCCCACCCUGAGAGGACUCAGACAAGCGAUUUCGGAAAAGUAUGGCAUGCAAGAAGACACCAUCGUGAAAAUCUUCAAAAAAUGCAAACGAGGGAUUUUCGUGAACAUGGACGACAACAUCAUCGAACACUACAGCAACCAUUCAGCCUUCCUCAUCGAGAUCACCGAAAUCGUGCGCAAUCAAUUCCAAAUCACGCUACUCGAGUUAUGAGUGACAUCAUGAACAUCUUCUAGUGUCUAGUCCCAAUCUGAAAGCACUGCCACAUUUUUUCCCCCCAUGGCUGUUCCCAUGGAGACGAUGGAGCUCUGCAGGUUCACAGCUAAACAUCAGCACCCAUAUUAAUUACCUCUGUAAAUACAAUGUAUUUCCUUGGUUGUUUUUUUUAUUAUAUAUUAUUUUUUAUUAUUUUUUAACCACAAAUUAAAUAUGUUGUAAGAAAUUAUGAUUUGUUAUACAAAACGACUAGUGGAUAAAUGAACGAGUUGUAAAUAUGAAUUGUACAUAGAAGUGAAUAUUGAUAAGACUUUGUUAAGACUUUGUUUAUCUUAUGGUUAGAUAUGAUUUAUUAAUAUUUCAGUGAUAGCUUUGCAAGGUCUGUUUAUUUGUAGAAGUCCGAGCCCAACAUCACCCAUCACCGCUGCUUUCUAUGCUUUCUCAUGAUUUCUAUGGAAGGAACAAACACAGUAGAGGACAUGGUAGUGGUAUUGCUUAUGCAUGCUUGUGUAGAUUGCAUUAACUUCACGUAUGAGCCUCCUAAGCCUGAGUAGGUUCAUACACUUCCGGUCAGGACUCUGUAGCUUCACGCUAGCCUGCGGUUUUGGACUUUGAACGUCACACAUUUCCUGCCCGCGGAGCCACAUUUCUGCCUCAGUGUUUCACCUGUGAAAGAUCAGUAGCUGGUGGCCUUUUGUUGCACAGCGCCACAUGACUCCGCACAUUUCGAGGCUGCUCGGGCAUUACGGGUUUCACGGCCACGUAGCCUCUCGUCCUCCCACAUUUAGCUAAAAAAAUAAAGAAUUAAUGAACCACAAAAAAAAGAAAAACACCAGGAAAAGCAAAUCCCUGAUCACAAUUUUGAUUGAUGACCUGAUAAUUUUUUUUUGUGGAAUAUUUCGGAUUUCACAUCACAAGCAUUUCAACUGCUUUGUGUUUCCAUUGUAUAUCGAUUGAUAAUUUUGCAACAUUAACGCCUUUGCUUUUGUAUUUCGUCUACUUUUAUAAUGAA